AUUCAUCUCCAUACCUCGCGCUUCCAGUACUAUAAAACCAUACAUACUACAUCGUUCGACAUACCUCAAUUGCCCCAUUACUCCUCUCCCAAGUCCUGCAGGCAAACCAAACAACCAUCAAGCAUUAUCAACCAUGUUCAAACAAAUCACAUCCAUCAGCCGGAGCGCUCUCCGCCAGAGCAGCAGCAUCCACCAUCUUCGGCAAACCCCCGCCGCCGCCGCAACCGCAACCGUGAACCAGAAGACGCAACGGCCCUUCCACUCUAUCCCCGCGCUUCGCACGUCUCAAGGCCAGCGCGAAGAGAUGGAGUCCGGCGACCGAAACGUGCUGGACCCACAGCCCUCCGAGUUCUCCAAGACCGGCACCGACCAGGAAGUCUCGCAGCACGAUGCGGCCUUCGACCCCUCCAAGACCUCGCCGGAGAGCCAGAUCGAGGCGACGCAGGAGGAGACCAACCAGAGCGGCAAAGUGAGUAACCCGUUGAACGUCAGCGGCGCGAACAAGGGCGUCAGCGAGGGGCGGGAUCCCACGGAGGGGGCCCCGGAACGGAAUGCGGAUCGGGAGGCGUCGAGCAAGCGGGGCCAGACGAAGAAGGGGAAGGAGGUGAACGAUUGGAAUAAGAAGUAUUGA